CAGUGUUGGCGAAAUUAUAACUUGCCUCAAAGGGCGUCUUUGAAAGGCUUGCAAAGAUCUCAUCUCCGGGAGGCUCUCCAUGCACACUUGCAAGGCAGCGGACCAAAGGUCCGGCGCUGGGAUGGGUUCCGUGUGGAAGAGGUUCCAGCGCAUCAACAAGAAAGCUGCCAAGUUCCAGUUCACAGCCUCGUAUCAUGAACUGGCUCUCACUGCGACUCCUAAAUGGCAGCCGAGCCAGCUGAGCGUGGUGUGGCUGCGGCGGACGCGUCGAGUGGUGCACGACGCCCCGGCAUGGGAGCCCUCCAUGAGGAACCCCCUGGAAGGACUGUGCGUCUGGGCCGUCCCCACCAACACCACCAUCACUGUUACGCUCUUCAGGGACAACCGCACCAAUGAAUUCGAAGACAAGGAGUGGACCUUCGUCAUAGAGGACGUGUCGUCGACGGGCAAGCGGCGUCAGGUAGCGACGGCGCAGAUCAACAUGAAACAGUAUGCAGGGUUCAGCACGCAGCACGACGUUAAGGUCAAACUUAGGCCGCUCAGCAAAAAAGUCGUGUCGGCUUCCCUGGACCUUACUCUCUCCUGUCUCUUUCUGCGAGAAGGCAAAGCAACGGACGAGGACAUGCAGAGUAUGGCGUCCCUCAUGUCCAUGGCAACGCCGAACGACAUCGCUCCCCUCGAGGACUUCGACGACGACGAUGACACUGAAGGUGACGCCAUGGUGCGGUCGGCCGAGUUCAGCCAGCUCGCUGCCCAGAUCAGCUCCCUCACCUCUUCCUUCCACCAGGACGACCCCCUCUCCUUCCCCCUGGACGAUCCGCUACUGGAUCCCGGGUACCCUCUGGACCACUGCACUCCCGAGCGUCCUCUGCUGUCGCCCUCUUCUGCCCUCUCACCGCCCCACUCACCUUACACGCCCACGCCAACGGCGACUCCUCUGCAAGACUCCCCGCUGAACGUCUUUGACGAAACGGAGGAGGACGCGGCCACGCUGGAGGGCGGCGAGGAGCAGGCUCAAGCCAUAACCACCGAGGGCGAAACGGCGUAUUCAUCCGAGGGCGGCGCCUUGUCACCCACCGCCGCCCACGCCGCUGCCCAGCCCGACCACGAAACGCAUCAUCCAUCCGUCCACGAAGGGUUGACGGACGCGGGAGAGCGACGGCGCACGCGCGAGGACCGGCAGGCUCUGCAGCCCCUCGACCUUAACUCAGUCCAUAUGGGCCCAUCGAAAGGAGGAGGCGUGGCGGACAGGGGAGGGAAACCCUUGGUGUGUCAGGAAACGAGGGCGGAGGCUGCACGCCGGGACAGGAUCUGCUGUCGUGGUGUCAGUGCGUGACACGCGGCUACAAAGGGGUCAAGAUUACUAACAUGACCACCUCUUGGAGGAACGGUCUCGCUUUUUGUGCCAUCAUACACCACUUCCGACCUGACCUCAUAGACUAUGAGAGCCUCACCCCACAAGAUGUCAAAGGCAACUGCAAAAAGGCAUUUGAGGCAGGGGAGUUCCUUGGGGUGACACGCCUGAUUGAGCCUCAAGAUAUGGUCAUCCUCACCGUCCCUGAUAAGCUGGCAGUCAUGACCUACCUUUACCAACUCAGGGCACAUUUCACAGGUCAUGAGCUAGAAGUGGCUCAGAUUGGCAACACAGCUGAAGAGUCAUCCUACACUGUUGGACGGUUAGAUGCCAACUCAGGCGAUGACGACAUCCUUAACCUGAGGUCCCAUGAUGACAACCGCAAUUUACAACGACUGUCUGCCCACCUUAGCAUGCCCGGGGAAGUUGAAAAUGACAACAGAGCAGUAGAAGCCAGAAUCAGACGAGCAUCUGAGUCGAGCCAGACAUCCCAAAAAUCGAUGUCAAGUAAAAGAAAGAGUGGAGAUUUUGCACCAGAAAAGGAAAGUGGCACGGGGGUAACGACGCCAUCUGCAAAAGAUCGCAUUUUGGCUUCUUCCAAGUCAAUAACAUCAGAGAUCUUUAAAAUUGGCACCAAGGUUCUUUCUCCUACACGUGAGAAGCUAGCAAAGACUGAAAAUAGAAAUUCAAAUGCUUCCCUGAGUAGCAACAGUAGCAGUGGAGAACGUCCUGUGCUAAUGACACGCAAGCAGUUGGUAGAUCCCUUUGCAUCAGAUGAUGAAGAUGAGCCAUCUGCCCCACCUGCAACUCAGGAGCAGCCACCAGCAAGUCAACAAGACACUUCUCACAAUGAUGAUACCUUCAACCAAAACAACAGAAAUUCACAGUCACCAAGAUCUCCUCCAACUUCACCUUCUGAAGAGACCGGGCCCAGUAAUGUGGUGGCAACGACAGGGCCCCAUGAAGGAUCCCCAGUUGAUUCCCGAUUAGGGUCCAUAGUCCAGGAGGUGCCAGGGCUCCUCGACCUCUCCCCCACCCGACGGGAUCAGGUGGUGAUGAGAGAUAGACAAAGUCCCGUCAAGAAGCGCCCAUCGUCCCGACAUGAAGAGCUUAAAGAAAGAGCAAGACACCUCUUGGAACAGGCAAGACGAGAAGCACAAACCCGUGGGCCUCAGCGAUCAUUAUCAAAGGAGGAGGAAGAGCGACAAGCGCAGCUGCGGGAACGUGCAAGGCGCUUGAUUGCUGAAGCAAAACAGGGUGUAGUGUCUCCGUCCUCUUUACAUGCUACUGCCAGUUCACAUCCUCCAGGCAAUUCUCAUGCAGAGGAUGGUGAUGAUGUUCACAGGGAAUAUCUCGUGCAAACGAGUACGUCUUUCAAUGAGGAAAAUGGUAAUAUCAUAUCAACCUCUGUUAGUGAAGACUCCAAAGUAUCUUUAAGCAGUAGUACCUCCACAACAAUAGUCACUUCCACCUCUACCACCAAUGUGUCUGCACCAGCUGCCUUUCCUGUCACCACAUCACCCACAGAAGUACAGUCCACAUCAACAACAGCACCUCAGAAGUCCGUAAGUGAAGGAGUGAUCAGUACGGUGGAGGGCGUAAGAGAGGUCAGGGCCCCCAGACUACAGUCAUUCAAGAAUAUUAUGGACCGAAUGUCACCAGACAAAGAGAAUGCCCCACAUUCUCCUCGAGCAUCCCCAGAUAAGCAAACCUGUGAAAGCAGCCGCUAUCUGCAGAAUGAAUUAGAGUCAUUAGAGAGAGAACAACAACAAAUUGAUGAACAAGCUGCAAAAUUAGAAAAGCGGUUGAGAAAAAUCAUGGAACUAAAGAGAAGGAGGAGAACCUUGAGCGGCGGUUCGAGCUGCUAAACCGUGAGCUUCGCGCGAUCCUGGCCAUCGAGGACUGGCAAAAGACGGAGGCACAGAAGCUGCGAGAGAAGCUCCUUCUGGAGGAGCUCGUCACCAUUGUCAACAAGCGGGACGAGCUGGUCAUCCACCUCGACAACCAGGAGCGAGCGAUUGACGAGGACGAGCAAAUCGAGCACGACGUGUCGCGGGCGAGCAUCAAGCCGCAGGAGAAGUGCGCCCUCAUGUAGGAGUCGUCGGGUUCCACCGCGAGAUGCACGCGCCUGCGCAAGGCGGUGCGACUCUGACCCUCCACAACUCAGCCGUCCUCUCUGGCCGCCAAGGCCGCCCGAACCUCCUCCGUCAACUCAACUGCCGCCCACAAUAUCUUCGUGGGUGAAUCACAGCGUCGACUCCGCCAUGUGGAUCGAAGAAUGUCGCCCGCGUCGUCUGAAGGAGCGACUUGUUUGAAGGAGCCAAAUUCGAAACAUAUUCGGUAUAGAUUUGGUCGUUGCUUCGAUGUAAUGCAAACUGAUCUCUAUAUGCCUAUUUUGAUCUCGCAAAGAUAUAGUCUGGAUUUCUUAUUCUGUUUUCCAAAGUUCGAAAAGACGUCACAUUCGGAUAAAGCUGGACUAGGCCAAGUCAGGAAUGUGAGAAACGGACAAAGGCAAAUGGGUCGUUCUUCCCACGUGCGGUCUCUGGUCGCGUGGUCACCUGCUGAUAUUAUCAUAUUCCCGCAUCCCAUGUCAAAUACUUAAGUUAUCGUAAAUUGACUUUUAUCAGAUUCCCCUUAUUGAUUUAGGCGACUCUGUAGCAUUCGGGAUCGCAGUACCAUAAGUACUGGCACCUGUUCCUGACUUAACGUUACGUAUACUACUGCAUUGUCCAUUCGUGCUGCUGUGACAGACGGAGCCGCUUGGCGCCCCUCCCAGUAGAACGUCCUUGUCAAAAGUGUUCUAGGAAAUCCAUGUGGCUGAGACGGCAAGGUCUUAUCAGAAGCAAAACUUUCUUGUAAUUAAAAUUGCUUGUGAUUGGAUUAAUAUUAUAUCAGAACAAGAGACUGUGUAAUUGCAGGAAUGUCCUUGUGAUACAAUGUUGGACAGUAACUAGCUGGCGUCGGAAACGUGAAACGAUGAAUUGGUGUCCUCCGCAGUCGGCUAAACUGGAAGGACAAGUUGCCUCGUCAAGCAAGUGGCCGGGACGUUAUAGCAAAAUCCUAAGAAGUCGAUCAUACCCAGGCCGUGUUGGCCCAUCGCCAGAGGCGGUCGCAAGGAAGCCUCAGCCCUCAAGGCGCAGAAGAGCUCCCUCGCAGGGCCUGUCGGACACGUCCGCGGCGGCUGCAGCGCCAGCCUCUCCAAAGAGCCGUUGAAGCGAGCAAGUUGAUGUUGACUCUACAGCUUUUGUAUUCUGAGUCGUGGUGGGGCGAGAGACUGAGUGAGUGCGUUCGUAUGGUGUGGCAUAAAUAAAAGCAGAAGCAAUGGGACAAAAUGUGAUGUCGAAACUCGAGUUUCAUGGAGUCAGUUUUGAUUUACAUAGCUUUAGUUUGUUUACAUGUUAAGUGAUUUCUUGAUAUUUCCUAGGUUUUUACGGUACCAAAUGUAGGUCGCGUACGUGCCAUGGAUUUUAGUUCUAGUAGCCUUAUUUGCGCCGCAAGUUGCUUUAAACUUAAACUCGCAAGCCACCAGGGCAGCAACCUGCCAAAGACUCGACGGUCUGCGCCUUUCACAGACUCUAGUUUUAUUCUUGAUUAUCUGAUUACGUAGGUUGACUACCACUACUUAACGAUGCUGUACUUAACACCAGGUGAUUCCUUACUGGAGCUGCGGUGACAGCAACGAGCAUUUCGCUGCUCCAUCGCCUGAGGAGCGAGUCGCCCGCCAGAGUUAGACCGAUUUUCCUUUCAUUUCCGUUGCUGAUUUUGGUUUCUUCGUUUUAACUGGCAACUGUCUCGUCUUGUACUGAAACAAAUCGAAUGAGUGAUAGUUAUUAUUAAAAUAACUAUAUGUUAAAUAUUUUAAUGAUUCGUAUGCUUUGAUGAUUCCUGUAUUGAAAUUACCAGCGAAUAACAUAUUACUUGAUGGGACUUACAUCACUGCCAACAAGACGCGACGCCUUACCGCCUCCUGAGCUGAAAGGGCAACUUGUUGAGCCGCCGACGAUGAGACAGGGUUUUCGUAGAGGAAGCGGAGAUGGCCAUCGUUAAACUUAAGAAAAUCUUUUUGCAUUUAUUGUCUGUUAGUCACUUUUAUUUACCGGCCAGUUGUUUACUUACGAAAACAAAAAUAUUCAAACCAACAAUACUCUGCAAAUUUGAGAAUAUAAUGCUUUCUAAGUCGACCGAAUAUUAACAAAGAACAACUUCUGCCCUCUUCCUUAGGGGAAGAAACAGAACCGGUUUAACACGCAAGGAAUAUCCUAAUAACAAUUUACUCAAAAGUUGCAAAAGUUGCAAGAUUGCCCAGAGGUUCAGAGAGUUAGCUUAAUGCCGUAAGAGUGAGUGAAAGCAGGUCACCUGGGACAGGCGAAGAAACGACCCUGACGAGGGGAGUGCCAGCUGCCCCCGAGCGGACCUCGCGCCACCCGACGCCGGGCGCGGAGGUCGAGCAGACACCCAUGAUCACAUUACUAGAGCCGCGAGAAACACCCCUGUAAGUAAGUUUUCAGCUUCACUCUAAACCAUUUGUGAUAACCCUGCUGUUUCGACGAAAAGCGUCUGUUUGUGAUAUUUUAUCGUUUACUGUGCUCACAUGUUCUUGUAGGUUAAGUGUAUAAUAUGAUUAUUAUUUCAUUUGUACUGGUGUAUUUCUAAGUCAGAUUUAUACACUGUAGGGAUGCAAGUGUAGGUGUUCAUUCCGUGUUGUAAUACUGAGGUAAACGAGAACGCAGCAAGUGACGCAGUGCCAUGACAAUGUUUGGAUAUCAGAAGAGACGGUAAUGUGGUUUUGUUUAGCCUUAGGUUUUAAAGCUUUAUAGGAUAUACAAAUUUAUUUAAUUUUUUUUCUGUUGUUAUGGAAGGUGGCAGCAGAUAAUCUGUUCAGACCUAUAACUGUGCGUUUUUUGCAUUAUUUUAAGGAUCCUAAUUUAUGGAAGCACAGUACACUGUAAAAAAAUGAUGUUGGGUUUUGUCCAUGCGAUGUUUACAUGAUCGUGUGUGUGUGUGUGUAAGUUCCAGAUUAUUGUGUUCUUGAGUGGUAGGCGGCCCUACCACAGGGGAUCCUUCUACUGGAAAUACAUACAGUUCCCCUUUACUGUAUUGUAAAUAUAUUAUCGUUUUGUAUAUUGCCUUAAUAACGUAGCUUUUUAUAUAUAACUGUCGUUCCUCCUUAGCGACAGCAACCGCUACACAAAAGAGGAGGGUCUGCCCCUGCGGCCGGCAGCAGGCCUUGUGUCAUUUACUAUGCUACCGAUUAGUCUCUUUAGUUUGGUAACCUUUAUUUUUCUCCUGUGUGUUCAGCAAACUAGAAAUAUGUCCUUUUUAAUUUCAACCCCGAGACUCGGAUCGGAGCGGCAGUGCACGUGCGCGCGUGCUCGCAGGGCCGCUCGGCUCCCUCCCCGGCAGGACCUCGCGCGCCCUGGAGACCCUGGGUGACGUCACGGAUGGCUCCCGUGGUCGUGUUGGCUCCAGGCCGCGCCCCUGGCCGUGCGGCGCCGCGUGCUCUGCUGACUGUUCCGUAGUUCAACUAUGUUGGUUAAGACAACCCUUGUACAAUAAAAAAAACUUCUGAAGAA